AUUCAUGAAUUGAAAUAGCUUCUCUUGACACUAAUUUCCAUUGGGAUGCAUUGCUCCACAUGUGUCUGAGAAAAAAUAUUCUUCUUGUCUCCCUUGUGAUACUAUUGCAUGCUCAAUAUGAAGAGGUAAUUGAGAUCCAGAUAAAUAUAAUAUUAAAAAUAUACACCUUGUCUCCCAUAGUUAUUUCACUAUAUAAGGAGCAGAUGCCAAUAUCCAACCACAACAACUCAUUACUCGUUCAGAACUCUCAGUUUUGUGAUAAGAGAAAAUGGCAUUCCCUGAAACAAACACAAAGAGCUCUCUGCAUAUUCGCAGCAACAGCUUGCCCUCUUCACCUCAUUCACUUGUAUCAGAAUGUGAAGAGCAUCUCCAAAGAUUGAAGAACACUGAAGCCACCUCUUCAGUGCCAUCAUCAUCUUUAGUGAGCCAAAAACUUAAUGGUUUACUGGAUUUACAUGACUGCAUUGAUUGGUUGCUUCAAUUGCCAAUCAAACAACAAGAACUAGCAAGAGAAUGCAAUGACAAAAGCGUCGACGACACCCUAGAAGGUUCUUUGAAGCUCUUGGAUAUCUGUAGUGAACUUAAAGAUUUCCUACUUAUGUCAAAGGAAAUCAUGUAUGAACUUCAGUCAGUUAUCCGAAGAAGGCGAAGCAAUGAAACUGGAUUGAAAGUUGAGGGUGCUAAGUACUUAGCUUCAAGGAAGAAGCUGAACAAGGCAAUUAGAAAGUCCUUGGGAAAUUUGAAAGCAAUGAAACAUGAGUGUGUAGAAGAUAGAACUUCAACCAUAAUUAGUAUCUUGAAAGAAGCAGAACAAGUCACAGUCAGCUCAUUAGAAUCUAUGUUGAUGUUGAUCUGUGAUCAACCAAAGCAUAGAAGAUGGUCAACAAUCUCAAAGAUGUUGCAGCCUAAAAGAAUAGCUUGUGACUCUCAAGAAUCAGAAACAAAUGAAUUUGAAAAGGUGGAUGCAGCUUUGAAGUCUUCAUCUUUUGAGCAAUUCCAAAGCCAUGUGGAAAAUUUGGAGAUGUGCAUUCAGGAUCUAGAAAUAGGAGUUGAGAACCUAUCAAGGAAACUAAUUAGAAACAGGGUUUCCCUGCUCAACAUCUUCAACCAUUAAUCAUAGAAAAUCUCUAUGAUUGUUGUGAAUUCAUUUUUGACCUCAUAUUGUACAUGAAUGUGAUUAAAUUUUGUUUUUUCUUCAGAAUAUACACUAUUCAAGGAUCAAAUAUAGUUGUUUCAUCUUCUUUCUUCUUCCCCAU